AUGAGCAUGACAGAGAAGAUGUCAAUAUACUUGGACUCCCUAUAUAAUGGUGCGGGUGUAAAAAUGGCAUUUUCAAGAAUGAACAACUUUUUGACCUCCUUGGCUUCUAUAAUGGGAAGGAACUGGGACAUGAAUGAUUGGAAAUAUUUCGCAAUUCCCUCCUCCGACAUACCACAGCAACUGAACAGUGAUGACUGUGGAGUAUUUGUAGCCAAAUGGGCACAGCACAUUUCCGUCUGUCUGCCACUUGAUUUUUCUCAUCCAGACAUGGUUAAUUUCAAACACUCUCUUAUUCUUGAGAUAGCAAGAAAUGCACUAUUAAUGGACAUAAAAGUUACCAGUACUCAAAUCAAGAAAGAAACACUCAAAAGAACCACAGCACCAUCAAGCCAAAUGAGCACGACAAGUACUCCACACAGAGUCUCUAUGACCAAUCAAACAUCAGUGUCCAACAAAGUCACCCCUGCUACCUUACCAAACAACCAAACCUCUGUUGCCAAACAAACAUCAGUAUCCAACAAAGCCAGCCCUACUACCUCACCAAAAAGCCAAGCCUGUGCUUUCAAACAAACAUCAGCAUCAAAUAAAGCCACAGCUGCAACCUCACCAAACAGCCAAGCUUCUGCUGCCAAACAAACAUCAGCAUCCAACAAAGCCACAGCUGCAACCUCACCAAACAGCCAAGCCUCUGCUGCCAAACAAACAUCAGCACCUGACAAGGCCAACCCUACUACCUCGCCAAACAGCAGUCUCCUCUGCCAAACAAACCCCAAAAAGCAAACCCUAAUACCUCACCAAACAGCCAAGUCUCUGCACCAAAACAAACCUCACUAUCCAACAAAGCCACCGCUGCGACCACACCAAACAGCCAAGCCUCCACUGCCGAACAAACAUUAG